AUGUUUUCCACAAUACUUUCUUUUAUGAUCCACCCGCAGCCAAACAUCUUUCUUCUUUUUUUUUACUCUACCCGAAAGAGUCUAUCUAUCUCAUCGUUUCUUACUUUAAUAUCUAUCUUUAUUAACUUACGCUUCUUUCUUGAUGAUCGUUCUAUCUAUCUAUCUAUCUAUCUAUCUAUCUAUCUAUCUAUCUAUCUAUCUCAUUAUGUUUCUUUCUAUCUAUCUCAUUAUGUUCCUUUAUCUAUCUAUCUAUCUCAUGUUUCUUUCUUUAUCUAUCUAUCUAUCUAUCUAUCUAUCUAUCUAUCUAUCUAUCCUAGUCUCUUCAUAUCUAUCUAUCUAUCUAUCUAUCUAUCUAUCUAUCUAUCUAUCUCAUGUUUCUUUCUGUAUCUAUCUAUCUAUCUAUCUAUCUAUCUAUCUAUCUAUCCUAGUCUCUUCAUAUCUAUCUAUCUAUCUAUCUAUCUAUCUAUCUAUCUCAUGUUUCUUUCUUUAUCUAUCUAUCUAUCUAUCCUAGUCUCUUCAUAUCUAUCUAUCUAUCUAUCUAUCUAUCUAUCUAUCUAUCUCAUGUUUCUUUCUUUAUCUAUCUAUCUAUCUAUCUAUCCUAGUCUCUUCAUAUCUAUCUAUCUAUCUAUCUAUCUAUCUAUCCAUCCAUCUAUCUCAUGUUUCUUUCUUCAUCCAUCUAUCUAUCCUAUCCAUCCAUCCAUCUAUCUAUCCAUCCCUAGUCUAUCUUCUAUCUAUCUAUCUAUCUAUCUAUCUAUCUAUCUAUCUAUCUAUCUAUCUAUCUCAUGUUUCUUUCUUUAUCUAUCUAUCUAUCCAUCUAUCUAUCUAUCUAUCUAUCUAUCUAUCUAUCUAUCCUAUCCCAGUCCCCUCUAUCUAUCUAUCCAUCUAUCUAUCUAUCUAUCUAUCUUCUUUCUUUAUCCAUCCAUCUCAUCUAUCUAUCCAUCUAUCUAUCCAUCUAUCCCUAGUCCCCUCAUCUUCAUAUCUAUCUAUCUAUCUAUCCAUCCAUCUAUCUAUCUAUCUAUCCAUCUAUCUAUCCAUGUUUCUUUAUCUAUCCAUCCAUCUAUCUAUCUAUCUAUCCAUCUAUCCCCUAGUCUCUUCAUAUCUAUCUAUCUAUCUAUCUAUCUAUCUAUCUAUCUAUCUAUCUCAUGUUUCUUUCUUUAUCUAUCCAUCUAUCCUAGUCUCUUCAUAUCUAUCUAUCUAUCAUCUAUCCAUCUAUCUAUCCAUCUAUCUAUCUAUCUCAUGUCUUUCUUUAUCUAUCUAUCUAUCUAUCUAUCUAUCCAUCUAUCAUCCAUCUCAUCCCUAUCCCUUUCUCUUCAUUCUAUCUUCCAUCUAUCUAUCUAUCUAUCUAUCUAUCUAUCCAUCUAUCUAUCUCAUGUUUCUUUCUUUAUCUAUCUAUCUAUCUAUCUAUCUAUCUAUCCAUCCAUCCAUCUAUCUAUCCCUAGUCUCUUCAUAUCUAUCUAUCUAUCUAUCUAUCUAUCUAUCUAUCUAUCUAUCUAUCUAUCUAUCUACCUCAUGUUUCUUUCUUUAUCUAUCUAUCUAUCUAUCUAUCUAUCUAUCUAUCUAUCUAUCUAUCUAUCUAUCUAUCUAUCUCAUCUUCUAUCUAUCUACCUCAUCUAUCUUUAUCUAUCUAUCUAUCUAUCUAUCUAUCAUCUUUCUUUCUUUAUCUAUCUAUCUAUCUAUCUAUCUAUCUAUCUAUCUAUCUCAUCUUUCUUUCUUUAUUUAUCUAUCUAUCUAUCUAUCUAUCUAUCUAUCUAUCUAUCUCAUGUUUCUUUCUUUAUCUAUCUAUCUAGGUAUCUAUCUUUGGCAUUAUUUCUUAUUCUCUAUAUCAAGUCGUUUAAUACUGAUUUACAUAUCUAUUUCCCCAUCAUCAUCAUUUCCUGUCAAUUUCUUUUUCUUUAUCACCCUCUUAUUUGUCAUCAUCGUUCUUUUUUUUUCUUUAAUCUACCCUGUCCCUCUUUCCCUCGGAUUUGUACAUCCUGCGCAGAAGGCAUUCAGUUCGUCUCCACUGUCAUUCCAUUCUGUCUGUUAAGUCAAUUUGUUAUGCCUGCAAGGUCUCAUCCCCGCUUUCCUCCCAGUGACACGCUACAAGACGCAAACUUUUUUAAAGUCUUUAUAGCAACGCCAAACCCACCCCCUCUCUUUCCUUUUCUUAUUUCCCUUUUGAUUUUCAUUCGAACUCGUCUUAAUUCACUCUCCAAAUCACGUUUUAUCUUUCCUGCAACAAUUUCUUUCUUAUUCACUCGAUCAUAG